AUGUCCCCCGAGGUUCUCGCCGAGUUGUUGGCCGCGCCAGCGCUUGCCGCCCCGGAAGGGGUGACACCGGAUUUCGAAAACCCGCCAAAUCGCAAUGGUUUGGCCUGGUUUGUGACAACACUUUGUAUGGUCAUUUCGACCGCAUGUGGUGCCUACUGGGGAACUGCCUACGCUGGCUAUUCAUUGAUAUUCACGCCUGGUUAUUUUGUCCACACCUGGAACCUCCAUAACAAAGACCUCAUCCGACCACUCUAUGUGAGCUUUGAAUCCAAUUGGUGCUUGAAACCUUUCACAUCGAAGCUAAUUGGCCCCGGUAGCUUAUUCUCGUCUAUGGUUGCUGCUAUUCCGCGGUACUGCCGUUGA